AUGCCAGCCAGCCACGCCAUCUAUCCCAGCCUUCGGGGCAAGAAUGUCCUCAUCACCGGCGGGGCCGAGGGCAUCGGGGCAGCCACGGUUGAGCUCUUCUCGCUCCAGGGAUGCCAGGUCAUCUUCCUCGACAUCGCUAGAGCUUCGGCGCAACAGACCCUCGCCCGCGUCGUCGCGCUGUCCGGUAAACCCAAGGCUCCUGGCGGGAGUGACAUUCGCACGCCGGCGUUCUUCUACUGCGACGUCUCGAACCUGGAGGAACUACAAGCCACCGCCGCCAAGGUCUUGGAGGAGUACGGCACCAUCCACGUCCUGGUCAACAACGCGGCAACAGGCGCCAGCAAAGCUCGACAGAACACCGACAAGGUGACAGCCGAGGACUGGGAGUUCAGCAUCAACGUCAACCUGAGGCACUGCUUCUUCCUCACGCAGGCUGUGCUGCCUGCUAUGAAGAAGGCCGGGGGCGGGAGCAUCGUGAACCUGGGCUCGAUUACCUGGCGCAUCCCGGCCGCCGGCACGCCUGUCUACGGUGCCUGCAAGGCAGCAAUCAUGGGCCUGACCCGCACGCAGAGCAAGGAAGUUGGCCAGCACAACAUCCGGAUCAACAGCGUCAUGCCGGGAGCAAUUGCGACGAAGAGACAGAGGGAAGAGGUCCUCACGCCCGAGUACCGUGCGGAGGUCAUGCGUGGGCAGAGUCUGCAGCGCGACCUGGAGCCUGUCGAGGUGGCCAAGGUCAUUGUCUUUUUGGCCAGUGACGAGGCCAGUGCGGUCACUGGGAGCUCAUAUGUCGUCGACGGUGGCUGGUGCAGCGACCCCUGA